GAGUCAUACUCACAAACAUGUAAUACUAUAUUUAACAGUCUGCAACUUGCAGCUUUCUGUUACUCAUCGGGGAGGAGUACUUGAGUCACUGUAUUUGUUUAUUAAUUGCACGAUUAAUACAUAUUUCAAUUUCAGUGUAAUAUUUUUGUAUCUCAUUUUAAUAAAACCGUAACUGUGUAAUUUGAAAACGAAAUUGUUUAAAAUGUCGCGGGUUACUACUUUGCUGAUGCUUAUUUGCAUCAACGCGGGAUUGUGCUACGGUAUGAAAUGCUCGUGGGGACAUGAAAACUUCAUAUCUAAUGUAAUAAAUUCAUGCCCAGGAUUACUUGAUUCUGAAGACAGAUCUUACUGUUGCUAUGAUAUUUCUAAUGAAAAAAUGUAUUGCUGCGAUGCCAUGGAAUUUGCAUUGAAAUCAUCAUGGAUCGUGCUGAUAGUGAUUAUCACAUUUACCAUUGUACUCUCACUGAUAGUAUUCUGCGUAUCGUGCUUAUGCUGUAGCUGCUGUCCAUGGUACCGUAGACGACAUCGAGGAACAGUUUAUGGAAUACAGGUACCUAGUGUGGUACAUGUAAUUCAAUCACCCGCGAGUGUUCCGCAACCGACUCCACACUAUACAAAUCCUACGUAUCCUACGAGUUCAGCAGGAAUAUCACAACCGCCAUCAUAUUCUGAAGUUGUUUACGAAAAACAAGCACCCUAUAAUCCAAAUUAUACAUCUUCAACUCAACAGUAACGUUGAAUAAUGUUAUUGUUUAAAGAAAUUACGUUACAAAUCAUAUAUGUAUGUAUAUAUAGUCUCGAAACGGUGCCUGUAUUGUGAUCUUUCGUUUACUAGAAAUAUGAAUACUCGUCUUCCCUCGGAAAAACGCUAAAGUCGCGACGAAGUAAUCUUUUUCAAUGAUAAGGAGCUAUGUAUUUAAAUUCCUAAGACAUUUUAGUCAAAUGCAGAAAAUAUUAACAUAAAUAUCUGCUUAAGAUAUACAUUAUUUUAGACGAUUUUACAAGAAUGUGUUCAAAUAAGGAAUUUUAUAAGUUAUGAACAUUUCAUUUAUAUUUACAUAUUCAUUACUGAAAUGAAAUUGUUGCCAUAUCAAUUCUACAAAGUUAAUAUCUUUUUUAUAAUAUUUGAAACACUACUGAUAGACAUUAAAUAUACUUAAAAUAGUCAAUUUAUAAAGAAAUUAAUAUACUGAAUUAAUAUGAACAAUGUAUUAAAGCUCAAAUGAAUUUAAAAUAUUAUAGAUAUACGAUCUUUAAACGAAUAUAAAACACAAAAUGCAUUUG